AUGUUCUUCACUCCUUUGAUUUUGGCUGCUGGCAGCCUCCCAACACUCAUUUCGGGAGCCCCCAUCCAGUCGUUUCUGUCUCGACGGGACAAUGUCACUCCUUCUCUGACUACGCGGGAAAGCGCUAACUCGUACACCAUCUUCGGUGGCAAUGGGGAAACCUCCGACGGAUGGCCGGCGUUAGACCAGUGGAAAACCUUUGACGAAAUGUUCCAAGAGAACAUGGGAACCAUGCAGACCUCAUGUAGACAAUGGGGCUAUGCUAACAAUUCGCCUACCGAAAUAGCCGAACUGAAGCAGGCAAUCGCAGAGGUUGGUGAGCAGACUGGCGUUGACACCCGGUUCAUUUUUGCGAUUGUGAUGCAAGAGAGCAACGGAUGCGUAAGAGUCCCAACCACGGCGAAUGGUGUGACCAACCCUGGUCUGAUGCAAAGUCAUGAUGGCACCGGCACUUGCAUCAAGAUUGUCAACGGCAAAAACGUCGGAAUGAACCCAUGCCCGAAGUCCCGAAUCUAUCAAAUGAUCCACGAUGGCACUGCGGGGACACCCAGCGGUGAUGGUCUCAAGCAGUGCCUCGCACAGGCGACGGGCAGUGGAGCAACACAAUAUUACCAGGCCGCUCGCAUUUAUAACUCGGGAUCUUUGGCUGCGUCAGGAAAUCUGGGCCAGGGGGGUGCAACGGCCUGUUAUGUCUCUGACCUCACGAACCGACUCUUAGGAUGGUCUCUUGGCGGGACUGGCUGUGAUGCAAGCACGAUCGGUUCUUUGACCGGCUCGAGUGGUGGGUUCAGCACCGGACCCUCCCCGACCAGCACAAGCUCUCCUGCACCGUCGCCCACCGAGACCGUCCCGGCCACACCGCCGCCCACUGAGACUCCAAGCCCAACAACAACAACAAGCCCCGAUCCUUCGACAGGGAGCAGUGCACCGGCUGCAUCUGUGUAUCCCUACGCCGCAUCCCCAUGCCAGAAGUACUACACGGUACAGUCUGGCGAUUAUUGUGAUAAGGUUGCAAAGGAGGAGGGUAUCACUUUCUCUCAACUUCGCCAGUGGAAUUCUGGCUUGGAUGCUGAAUGCUCCAAUCUCUGGCUUGAAUACCAAUACUGCGUGUCGGCUUAA